AAGCAUUUCAUUGCUAUACCGCGUGACCUAAAGUCACGCACUCAUAUGACCGAGCUAAGUACACCUAUAGUAUCUCAUCCCAAAGAGGCUUCAUUGGAAACGGUAUCAGCAAAUAAUAUCUCUCGAGAAACUAAGAUCUCAUCCACACCUCAGUCGUCGUUAUGUCCAGCAUGUAAAUUAAGUCAUAAGGAUGAGAAAAGUAUAAGAGGUAGAUAUGAAGCUGGGUUUUAUUUUAUUAAAUGUGGGCAACAAGAGAUUGAAAUAACUGCCAAGAUAUUAACUGAUGACUAUUGCAAAUGGCAUGCUAAUUUAGUUGAUUUACCAAGUUUUCAGACAGAAAAAAUUCGUUCUAGAUUAUAUAGAGCAUACACGGAAGAGACUGGACUCGAUCCUUGGAUAAAGUCUGAAGCUUCUAAAUCCUCACAAAGUGAAAAUGCUGAUAAUCAUAUCAUAGAAGACAAGGCUGAGAAAAAUAGGUGGGCCAUGGGGUGUUUUCGUGGGGAUUUGGAAAGAGAUAUACGUUUCUAUCGUGGUGGAAUAGAAAGAAAAGAAGACCCUAGAAAAUAUCGUAAAUUUUUAACAGAUCGGGAUGGGCUGGUCGGUGAAGAGUUAUUACGUCAAGGUAUACUAAAAAGUGGUUUGAGUACUGCAUGGCUUGAUGAUCUUAUGGAAGAAUGGGAAAAAAUCCAUGCUCAAUUCAUACAAAUUUUUAGCCAGGCAUAG